AUGCAAUACCAAUGGAAAGAGAUUCAAGAAAAUUUAAAAUAUGGAGAAUCGGCACAGGAAAGGCCAGAUCUGGUUUCUAGGGUGUUUAGAGCAAAGUUUGAGAUGCUCAAGGCUGAAAUACUUAAGAAAAAAAUAUUCGGUGAAGUUGCAGCGUGCGUUCAUGUAAUUGAAUUCCAGAAAAGAGGCCUUCCCCAUGCUCACAUACUCUUGAUUCUUAAGCCUGAAUAUAAGCUGUUAAGUCCAGAAGCUUAUGACCGAAUUGUUUCUGCUGAGAUCCCAGAUCCGGAUAGCCAAAAAUAUUUAUACUCUCUUGUUGUCAGGCAUAUGAUGCAUGGCCCUUGUGGACAGUUGAAGCCUGAUAAUGUUUGCAUGAAAAAUGGGUUUUGCAAGAACCAUUUUCCAAAAGAUUACUGUGACUUCACUAUCCAUUCAGAAGAUUCCUAUCCACAUUAUAGACGUCGAAGGAAUGGUCCAACUGUAAGAGUGCGCAAACAGUUAUUAGAUAACCGCUGGGUUGUCCCGUAUAAUCCUUACCUUCUUGCGCUGUUUGAUUGCCACAUGAAUGUUGAGGUUUGCUCAACUGUCAAGCUGGUCAAGUAUUUAUACAAAUAUGUCUACAAGGCCAUGACCGUGCUGCUACUGUCUCAUGUUCGUUCUCCCAAAUCCUUUAAGGAUCUUUUGACUAUUAAUGGCAAGCUUGCAUUAUCGUAUAGAGAGGCUGCCUUUCAGAUGGGUCUUCUCCAAUCUGAUACUCAUGUAGAGGACACUCUUGAUGAUGCAGUGGCAUUUCAAAUGCCAUAUUCACUGAGGACUUUAUUUGCAAUUUUGUUGGUUUACUGCUCGCCCAGUGAUCCAAAGUCAUUGUGGGAAAAAUAUGAGGCUGCCCUGUCUUCUGAUUUUGAAAGAAAUAAAGAUCUUUCUGGUUACGAUUCAGAAGAAGUUAGGAGGCGUGUUCUGCAAGAUAUUAAUAAAAUGUUGGAACAAAUGGGAAAAAAUGUUGGUGAUUACCAUCUUGUGCCUGACAACUUUCACCUUGCUCCUGAUGAACAGGGAGUAAAAGUUUUUUUGUUGACGGCGCCUGGUGGAACAGGAAAGACAUUCCUUUAUCGUUCCAUUCUUGCAACGCUCAGGUCUCGUGGUCUCAUAGCAAUAGCUGUUGCUUCGUCUGGUGUGGCUGCUUCUAUUCUUCCGGGAGGCCGGACUGCGCACUCGCGCUUUAAAAUUCCUUUGGAUGUGUCCGCAAACAAAAUUUGCCAGAUUAGCAAACAAAGCUCUGUUGCAAGGCUGAUCACGCUUGCUAAGCUAAUUCUCUGGGAUGAAGCAUCCAUGACUAAAAAAGAUACUGUUGAAGCAUUUGACUUGUUACUAAAGGAUGUCAUGGAUUCUAAUAAACCUUUUGGAGAAAAUAACUUUAGAGGAGAAUAUGCGCGCUAUUUCAGAUCCCCAAUACUCAGAGUUUCUUUUGAGAGUAGGAGAGGGACAUGA